UCUCUCUUGCGUUCGGGGGGAGAGCGACCACGUUUUAAAUUUUUUAUUAUCAACAAAAACAUGCGGUGAUUUCAUUCUCAGAUUACGCAGAUAACUCGAGUGUAUCAGUCGCGUUUCGCUAUCGGCUAAGUUUAGUUAAUUUAACGCCGGUAAAAUACAAAUAUUACAUAAUGAAUACAAGCGCAUGCAACUGUGAUGAGGGUCUGCUGGUGGGUAUCGGGAACCCUUUGCUGGAUAUUUCAGCUUCAGUGGAUGAUGCCCUGCUCGCCAAGUAUGACAUGAAGCCAGACGAUGCCAUCAUGGCGGAGGAAAAACACAUGCCACUGUACAAGGAGCUUAUGGAAAAAUACAAAGCGGAGUUCAUAGCAGGCGGCAGUGUACAGAAUACCCUCCGUGUGGCACAGUGGAUCCUCAAGAAGCCCGGUGUUUGCACGUACUUCGGCUGCGUCGGGAAUGACGAGUAUGCUAAGAUACUCGAGACGAGAGCUGUCGCAGAUGGCGUGAUCGUAAAGUACCAAGUGACCGACGAAGCACCCACAGGCACGUGCGCAGUGCUCGUCACGGGCACGCAUCGCUCGCUCUGCGCGAACUUGGCCGCGGCGCAGAAGUUCACUCCCGUGCACCUCGCUAAGGAGGAGUGUCAGGCGGUGAUUAAGAAGGCGAAGUACUUUUAUACAUCAGGAUUCUUUGUAGCAGUAUCACCCGAGUCUAUCCUUCAACUAGCCGAGCGCGCGCACUCGCGCGGGCACUCGUUCAUUAUGAACGUCAGCGCGCCGUUCGUUUCGCAGUUCUAUAAGGAGCCGCUAGAGAAGAUCCUGCCUUAUGUUGACGUGCUCUUCGGCAACGAGAGUGAGGCCGAAGCCUUCGCGACAGCCUUCGGCAUCGACGAAAAAGAUCUCCAAGCGAUCGCCCUCAAAAUAUCCACCAUGCCUAAACUCAACCCCUCCCGGCCUCGUGUGGUUGUCAUCACACAGGGCUGCGAUCCCGUCAUACUCGUCGAGAACGGUAAAGUAACCUUAGUACCUGUCAACAAGCUGUCAAGAGAACAAAUCAUAGACACGAACGGUGCCGGCGAUGCUUUUGCGGGCGGGUUUUUAAGCCAAAUGGUCAUAGACAAGGAUUACACGACCUGUGUUAAGUGUGGUGUGUACGCGGCUACGCAUGUGAUACAGCAGUCCGGGUGCACGUUAAAUGGCGUAAGCGACUUUAAAUCUAGCUAAGAGUUUUUUUGUGAUUUUAUGUAAGGAAAGGUAGAUGGUUUAUAAAUGCAACGAGAUACACAAA